AACAAAUAUUCUUGCAGCAUUGAGGAUGGAGUUGAAAAAGUUUGCGGGGUGAGUGAAAACCAUUUUCGAAGCUUUCUCGGGUCUCCUCAGAAGAUUCUUCAAUUGUCUGACUGCCUAGGACAAUUUUCUGGAGAAAAGGCUUUCGACGUGGCCCCUAGCCACAGAAAACAGCUGUUGCAUCCGAUCCCAGAAAUAGAGUUGGACGAUUCAGCACGAUAUUGAAGCUCCUUAGCAACUGAUGAGGAUGUGCGACGUCGGGAUGACCAAGGGGUAUUUGACAAGAGUGUUUUUUCACCUCGUUGGAGAGGCGAGCGGCGAUCAACAAAGUCAGCGAGAGCGAGCAAGGGAGGGGACCGAAGAGCCGGCGAGGGAAGGUGUGAAGCGAAUGCUCAGAGGGGGAAUCAAAGCGCUACAGUGAGAAAGGAAAAAAAGCCAGAGGGAGUCAGAAGGAGUCAAGGGAAAAAAAAAUUUGACAAUAUCAAAGAACUGGCCCAGUGCCCAUUUAACGCUGGAGGAUUGUUUUCCGACAAAGCCACGAGGGGACAUAUUCUAUUCCGCAACAAAGACUUUGCAUCUAAUAUUUCAACUACCUUCCGUGCAAAAAAAAUAGCACACCACCAUGGAUGUCUAUCCUCCAAACAGCACUUUUGCCAACACGACUCAUAUUCACUCUGCCCCUCACAGCCUUUGGGAAGUUAUCACCAUAGCAACCGUCUCUGCCAUUGUCAGCUUGAUCACAAUAGUUGGUAACGUUCUGGUUAUGGUAUCCUUCAAAGUCAACAGCCAGCUGAAGACAGUAAACAACUAUUACCUACUUAGUUUGGCUUUUGCAGAUCUCAUUAUAGGAGUGCUCUCCAUGAACUUGUACACGACAUAUAUACUGAUGGGUUACUGGUCCUUAGGAAGCCUCGCAUGUGAUCUCUGGCUAGCUGUGGACUAUGUCGCUAGCAACGCUUCAGUUAUGAAUUUACUGGUCAUCAGCUUUGACAGAUAUUUCUCCAUCACAAGGCCGCUGACUUACAGGGCUAAGAGGACUCCAAGGAGAGCCGCCCUCAUGAUAGGUCUUGCAUGGCUUGUAUCAUUUGUCCUGUGGGCACCACCAAUUCUGUGCUGGAAGUACAUUGUAGGGGAACAAAAGGAAUCCAAGGACCAAUGCCAGAUUCAGUUUUUAACAGAGCCAGUGAUCACAUUUGGGACGGCCAUUGCUGCUUUCUACAUCCCAGUCUCAGUCAUGACAAUUCUCUACUGUAGGAUCUACAAGGAGACACAGAGGCGGACAAAGGAUCUGGCAGAACUGCAAGGACUCACAAGCGACCGUGUCUCAGAAGGAGCCAAACCGCAGAAAACUAUGAUUCACUCUUGCUUCCAUUUCACCAGAGAGAGGAGAGAAAGGAGCCAGGCCUCUUGGUCGUCCUCCAACCAAAGUAACGCCACAAAAACCACCAUUAGGUCCGAUGAAGCGUGGGUGAAAGCUGACCAAAUCGCUUCCUUUAGCUACUCCUCAUCUGACGAAGACGAGCAUCACGUUUCCAUGGAGACCCCGCAAGGAUCUUUGAGGGAUCAAAACGAUAAGAACGGCCAAGUGACAAAUUACGCAGAAGAGUAUUUUUCGACACCCUCCGAGAGCACCAAGAAGUAUACUUCCUUUAAGUUCACACCUGGCUCCAAGGGUAAAAGAGGAAGUCCUGCACCUGCAUCUCCUCGACGUCCCGACGCCGAGCAGAAAAACGCCUCACCUUCCUCCUCCACUACCUCCAAACCGAUGGACCCGGGCCUGAAGAACCAGAUCACCAAGAGGAAGCGAAUGGUUCUGGUGAAGGAGAAGAAAGCCGCCCAGACGCUCAGCGCCAUUCUCCUGGCGUUCAUCCUGACGUGGACUCCUUAUAACAUCAUGGUGCUGAUCUCCACAUUCUGCGCCACGUGCAUCCCGACGUCCCUCUGGCACCUGGGCUACUGGCUUUGCUACGUAAACAGCACCGUCAACCCCAUGUGUUACGCCUUGUGCAACAAAACCUUCCAGAAGACAUUCCGGAUGCUUCUUCUGUGCCAGUGGAAGAGAAAGAGAGGUGAGGACAAGCUGUACUGGUGUGGACAGAAUGCAAAUGUCAACAAUAAAAUGACUUGAUGGGGAAUCACGGUUGAGUCGGUCAGUACGAAGAACCAGUAGACUACCAACGUCUGCCGGUAUGUCACAUCGGUCGCUUUGUCAUCUCGUCGCUCUUCCUGUGUGGUCGGCAUGAAGUGCUGCAUGUGAAUUUAUCUUGGGGUGAAAUCAGAAUGGUUUCUAAAAUAUGAAAAUGAGUCAGAAAUUGGAGCUAGUUUAUUUUUUUAAUUCGUGUAGUUUAAGAAUUAGUUGCCACCCAAAUAAGUAUAUGGAAUCAUAAAGGCUGCAUGUUUUUUUUUAAAUGUGAAAUUCCAUAAUACACACCUGAUACAAUGUAGGCUUGAAUUGUUAAAAAUGAUUUAUCCUGUGAAUGAAUCAUAUAGAUUUAAUGACUUGUAUUUUUUUUUCUUUUUAUUAUAGUAGUUGCGGUGCAUUUUGUUCCAAGGGCUAAUCUCUUGAUCUGCAUUACUUCCGACAGUGAUAACGUGGACAUAAGUAUGCUGCUUUACAACAUUCAUAUUAAAAGUACAGAAAUCAGAAAUAUCAGGUGUAGUAUCAGUAAGGCCUGGCUUGCAGUAUUUCUCUGUGGUUGAUGUUUGAUGCUGUUAUUAAAAGAAUAAUAUCACUUUUAUGCCAUUUGAUGAUGUAACGUCAAACUCUGUGCCUUCUGUUCUGCUCAGAGGUCAAAUUACAUGUCGUGAUUGAAUCUGUGGUAAUUGUCUGUGCGGUUCAGUGAAAGUGAAAAAGUGUAAAAAAAAACAAGAAAUACAAAUUCUGUCAUAGAAUUAUAAUUUUGUCUGUGUCCUGAUAUACGUAUAAUGUUUAAGUUAUUAAA